AUGGCCUCGACGCUCGCGCCCUCCCUCGCGGCGUCCUCCUCCCCCAACGCCGCGGCCGGCCGCGCGCGCGCCGCGUCCUCCUCCAGCGCGCGGGGGCGCGUCGCCGUCGUCGCGCGCGGGGGAUCGGGCGCCGCCUCCGCCUCCGACGACCGAAAGGAAGAGCUCGCGCGCAUGCGCGCUUCGGUCCAGCUCGCGUCCAUGAACCCCUCGCAGGAGACCGUCGUGUCCGCCAUCCUCGACCUCUCGAGGCAAGAGUUCGGGCUCGUCGGCGUCAAAUUCGCGGAGAUCAUGGCCAAGGUGGGGGAGUGCUAUCGCUUCGACGCGACCGCGUCGUACGUCAGGCGCGUUCUCCUCGCCGCCGCGCUGGUCCCACAUUAUUACGAUCCCGUUCGCGCGGCCGGCGCGGCGCGCGCCGUUCCUUCUCGAGGACUUUACCGUACUCACCGGCGCAUCUCUCCGCCCAUCACCCCUCGCUUUCGAUCCCGACACACCGCGGCACCUUUGAACUCCGCUUCUGACGCCUUCAAACGCCACCCCGCCGUCGCUUUGAACGAUGGACGCUCGACCCUCAGCGGGAAGGGCACCGACCUCGAGACGUCGAAUCCCCCGGGCGUCAACGUCGGGUCUCUCAAGGUGCGUUCUGUACACUGGACUUUUCCCGGCGCAUCUCUCCGCCCAGGGUCCCACGCUUUCAAUCCCGACACACCUCGGCGCCUUUCAACUCCGCUUCUGACGCCUUUCAACUCCACCCCGACUGUCAACGUCGGGUCUCUCAAGACGUACUACUUCGCGCACCUGCACGGCCUGGACGAGGCGAGCACGCUCAGGCUGUUCUGCGAGCACUACCAGGACGUGUUGGCGACCCCGGACGGGGACUCGCACGCGAACAUACGCGCGUUCAUGGGGAACGGGUGGGCCGGGAUCGCGUUCGACGGCGAGGCGUUGCGGUUGCGCGACGGCUCGGAAGAGGACGCGGACGUCGACCAGGUGUAA